GGUGAGUAUACUGUAGAUGUGGGGAAAUCUAUUACUGAAUCAACUAAUCAAGGAAUUAUCCAUUUAGGUUGUCUGUUCUUUGUGAUUUCAUCAAUUUAACUUAUAUGUAAGCUACAGUAGGGAGAUUUUCUCCUCUUCUUCAAACAUUGACAGCACAUCUUUGCUAAAUCCCAGGACCAUGGGAAACUCUACUCACUUUAAGAUCUUUAGGCUUGCUGCAUACGGUGAUAUCGGACAAUUGAAGUAUUUCUACUUUGCUGUAGUAACUGUAUUAUAUUUUGUCAUCAUUCUUGCCAAUGCUUUGGUUAUUGGAGUUAUCUGCAUUGAAAGAAGCCUUCAUGAACCCAUGUAUCUGUUUCUAUGCGCUUUGUUUGUUAAUCAGUUGUAUGGGAGCACUGGUUUGUUUCCUGCUCUCAUGUUUUACUUACUCUCUGACACACAUGAUAUUUCCCUUCUUUAUUGUUCUCUCCAGAUUUAUGUGUUGUACUCAUGUGCUCUAACAGAAUUUAGUAAUUUAGCAAUUAUUUCCUAUGACAGGUACAUUUCUAUUUGUUAUCCUCUACGAUAUAAUAAUAUUAUGACACCUAAAAUAAUUUGUGGCUUAAUUCUGCUGUCCUGGUUGACUUCUUUUUUCAUCAAUGCCGUCAAUAUCUCCCUGAGUUUGCGACUGAAGUUUUGUGGUAACGUUCUAGACCGACUGUAUUGUGAUAACUACUCAGUAGUCAAGCUUGCCUGUUCAAAUACUAUGCUGAAUAACGUGUGGGGUCUUCUUGUCACUGCGGUUUAUGUUUCUUGUACUAUAUUUCCUACCAUAUACUCAUAUGUAAGAAUUCUACAAAUAUGUUUAAACUCUUCAAAAGAGACAAAACAGAAAGCAUUUAACACUUGCACACCACAUAUAGCCUCUAUGCUGAACUUCUUAUUUGGCUGUUUAUUUGUGAUUCUACAAGGCAGAUAUGAAACUGCAGAUCUUCCACCUAUACUUCGCAAUAUUUUAUUUGUUAAUUUUCUGAUAUGUCCACCACUUUUCAAUCCUUUAAUGUAUGGCGUUAGGAUGGUUAAAAUCAGGCAUGCUUGUAAAAAGGUACUAGGCCUUAACCCUAAAACAUAA